AUGGAAGGAGGGGGCGCAAUACAGAGGAGGAAUAAUGCCGUGAAGCGGCACCUGCAGCAGCGGCAGCAGGAGGCGGAUUUCCUUGACAAGAAGGUCAUCGCGUCCACCUACUUCAGCAUCGGGGCGUUCCUCGUUCUCGCCUGCCUCACCGUCUCGCUGCUCAUACUGCCGCUGGUGCUGCCUCCGCUGCCGCCGCCGCCGUCGCUGCUGCUGUGGCUGCCGGUCUGCCUGCUCAUCCUGCUGAUUGUGCUGGCCUUCAUGCCGACAGAUGUGCGCAGCAUGGCCUCCUCUUACUUGUAA